AACAGUGUUAGGACUUUAUUGUUAGUCAUGCGCUCUAAGUUAAGACAGGUAUGAAAGGCCUGCGAGUGUUCAGCCAUUUGUGAAAACGUUUGAUAAAAUUGUUGUGAAAAUGGACGGAGACUGCGAUCGGACUAAUACACCGAUGAUGACCAACAACACCACCACAACCAACACCAAUACCGACACCACUAACACAACCACCACAACCAACACAACCAACAACAACAACAAAACGAUUGACACCAACAAUGGCGAGACGUCGACAGCCACGGCCAACGCUUCUUCACCCGUACUGACAACACCAGACAAAUCACAUACCGGUCCCGAUGAGACCAAGAUUAAGGCGAUACUUGAGCGCACAGGUUAUACUUUAGACGUAACUACUGGUCAACGUAAAUACGGCGGACCGCCUCCCGACUGGACAGACCCACCGCCACCACCGGGUUGUGAAAUAUUUGUGGGCAAACUUCCUAAAGAGAUAUAUGAAGAUGAAUUGAUUCCACUUUUUGAUAAAGUUGGCAAAAUAUGGGACUUGAGAUUAAUGAUGGAUCCGAUUAAUGGUCAGUCCCGCGGAUACGCUUUUGUCACAUAUUGUAGUAAAGAUGACGCACAAAGUGCUGUCCAACAAUAUGAUGGAUACGAAAUAAGAAAAAGUAAAGCCUUAAAAGUGAACGUUUCGGUGCCAAACCUGAGGCUAUUUGUAGGAAAUAUACCAAAAAGUAAAUCUAAAGAAGAAAUUUUUCAAGAAUUUACAAAACUCGCCGGAGGCCUUACCGAAGUAAUAGUAUACAGUUCUCCAGAUGACCGGAAAAAGAAUAGAGGUUUUUGUUUUUUAGAAUAUGAAAGCCACAAAUCGGCCUCUUUGGCCAAACGUAAGUUAAGUACCGCUCGAACCAAAGUCUGGGGAUGUGAUAUACUGGUUGAUUGGGCCGAUCCUCAAGAGGAACCCGAUGAAGAAACGAUGUCCAAAGUUAAAGUGCUUUACGUCCGUAAUUUAACCAGUGAUGUCACUGAAGAACAAUUGAAACAAUUGUUUGAAGAAUAUGGUACUAUUGAAAGGGUAAAAAAAAUCAAAGACUAUGCUUUCGUUCAUUUCGAGGACCGAAAUCAGGCUCUCAAAGCAAUGAAUAAUCUUAAUGGCAAAGAUUUCGGUGGCGCUAACAUCGAGGUCUCACUCGCGAAGCCGCCCUCUGAUCGCAAAAAGAAAGAAGAGGUACUCAGGAAUAGGGAACGACGUGUUAUGUUAAUGAUGCAACAGAGGGCUAUGAUCGUUGGUGCUCCCCCUCGUGGCCCACCACCACUGCCAUUACAACCACCUCCACCUCCUCCUCCACCACUCAUUCCUCAAACACGAAAUACGAGAGGCAAUCGCGCACAGCCUAUGGCAUCACUACCAUCUCCAUCAGCCUAUCGACAAUUAGGAACCAGAAAUUAUGGUGCAACUCAGGGGUGGAAUUCAUGGUACAACUGGUAUGACCCGAAUAGCUGGUGGUUUAGUUCAGCAGCGCGAACGGGUGCACAGUUUGGAGUCACACCAGCACAACAAAUGGGCCAGAAUUGGGGUCAAUACAGCAAUGGGUCAGUGCCUACACAGGCCAUCACGUCUUAUGGACGACGACUAUGGCAGCCAACCAACACCGGGAGCAACAAAAGCAAGUGGAGGCAAAAGCCGACCAACGGCUCCAAGAAAAGCGUCAAAACGUAAACAUUCCGUAUACGAGCACUUAAUUUCCUAUAUAAUAUGAAAAUUGAAACAAAUUGACCAAUUGGUCGAUGGGAAUAAAUAUCACAUUUAUUCCCACCCAGUGGGAUAUAAUGUGAUCCUGUGGGGUGGGGUGGGCAACACUGGGGGAGUAUUUGUGAAUGAGUGACGAUCAGAUGCGUCCAAAAACAUUAAUGGCAAUGAUUUGGUAAAUCCGUAACCAAUUUCUUUGUUGUGGUAAAGAAUUGUACAUUUAUUCCUGGGUUAUCACAAAUUUUCUCUUAGGAACCAAAAGUGCUCGUAUACGGUGAGUCUAUGUAUAGAGAAAACGAUCGAUAAUAUUAAUUUUAAUAUUAAUUAUUAAAAUAUGAAUUUUAUACAACCGGACCUAAACUUUAUAUACCGGUAAUUGUUUAGAGAAUGUUUGAAAUGGUUGUAAAUUUUAAAUCUUAUUUGAUUUUUGUAAACCACAAAGAUUUGUUGAAUUAAUAAUAUUUUGAAAUAAGUUAAUUAU